UUUCUCAUUUUAAGGUCUAAAAUGAAGCUGUAUAAGGACACAAGCCGCCUUCUUGAUUAAGCUUCUAACAGCAUGUUUUAGCAUUAACUGAAAUAAUAUGUUAUUUUGUUACGAUACUAUGUGUAUCUGUGUCCUCCUCUUUGUUACUGAAUUAAAUUUCUAUAUAUUUUUAAGAGCUUGGGUAGACAAAACAUUUGCUAUGGGCAAAUGUUUAUCCUUGUUUAUGCCUGCCUGCUGCACUUAAGAAUACAAUAGAAUAGAAUAGAUUGGUUGGAAGAGAACUUCAAAGAUCAUUUUGUUUACCUGACCGACCAUUUCAGGGCUAAGCAAAAGUUAAAUCAUAUAGCUGAGGGCAUUGUCCAAAUGCCUAUUGAACACUGACAGGCAUGGGGCAUCAACCACCUGUCUAGGAAGUCUGCUCUAGUGUGUGACCAUGAUAAAGAAAUUUUUUCUAAUACCUAGUCUUAACCUUCCCGGCACAGCUUUGUGCCAUUCCCUUGUGUUCUAGCUUUUGCUAGAACAGCACUAUUGAGUGCUAUUGGAAGCAAUUUUUAGUUUGCAGUAUAAAACAUUUUUAGGAAGGAAGUUUUGCAUCAUCCAAAGCAUUAAAAUACAGCCAAUCUGCCAAAACAUGAUGGUUACUUUUUAUCAUGAUGAAUUGACAGGUGUGUGGCCCAUAGCAUCCUGUGUCUUCCGAAUUAUUACAGCUGCUACACUUGAAGUCACACUUGUGCCACAGAUAGAAAUGUUUUGUCUGUUAGUAGAACAUACAACAAACUUAACAGAUUGAAGUGUGUGGCUCAAAAUUGCUAUUCAGACUUGGUGCAUUCUUCUUUUGUAUAUUUAGGUAACAAUUGAAUUCUAUCAAUACAGAGUAAACACAACAAUCUUGACCUUGUUUUGGGGGAUCUUGGUUUCAUUUUUAAGUUUGCUAGACAGAGAACAUCAUCAUGUUCUCCUGCUCUCUCUGUAGGAACCUCUGCAUGGACAGUCUCCAGUUAAACUGUAGGUGGUUAAAUGCAGCCAGGAAGAGUUUAAGCUGAUUUCUGCCAUGAGUUCCCUGGGGAGAGGGAUCCACACUGUGAAGUAUAAAAGACAGGUGAAGUCUCCCUUGCUCAUAAUAAGGCUUGUUCACACACAGGUUAUUGUGCGUGAUUUAUAGUAUCCAGUGUGAAAAUUGUGCUUGUUUGUGUUUAUAUGGCUGCACGCUGCAAUACUUGGGUGCACCCAGUGGUACUUCAUCAGGACAAGCCUGCAGGCAGGAAAGGUUUAGCACUGUAACCACAGCUGCCAUUCAGCAAGGUUUUUAAAGUUUUCACAUGAUCUCCUGUGGUGUGUUGUAAGACAGCAGUCUGAAAGUCUUAGGUAAAAAAACACCCACUCUUCCCGCAGCUUAGACGUUAAUCACUGCUUGCUGUCCAUGUUGUACUCUUUCAGUGUCUCUCUAGGAAUAUAGACCUUGUGCUAGAAAGAAAUCAGCCUAAUCCAACAAAAAGUGGUUGGCUUCUUUAAGGACUUGAUGAUGCAUACAGAAGCAUGUGUACAUAUGCAUGCUUGUCACCUACAGAAUUAAAGAAGGGUUGUCACUUGUGCAAUUCUUGUUUAGACAGAUUGAAGUGGAAGUAGUGUAAAAUGAGUCUUCCAGUGGGGAUGAUGCAUCUUUGGAAAAUCAUGAUCUUAAAGUAGAAUAGCAGCCAGUCACUACAGAUGCUGAGUAGUCAGUAGCCUUGGCAUUUUUGCUUCCUCAAGGCCAACCUUUCUGGGAGAGCUGGAUUUUUGGUAGGCUGCAGUACAAAGAAACGGCUGGGUCAUUGCGACAGUUCUGUGGGAAGCCAGAGGAACAAAACGGGUGCAGGGGAGCUGUGGGAAGCUGAAGGGACUAAAGACUAACAAAGGAACAGGAAUAGUUUGGGGAAGGACAAUAGAGGAAGAAAUAGGAAGUGAAACACUAAAGACAAACAGGAAGAACAGUGCCAGGAGGGCUGGUCCCUGAAACAGCUGCAUGAUGGGAGAAGCCUCUGUCUGGAAAGAGCCAUCUCAGGCCUGGUCUUGUCUGCAGAUCUUUUUCACACAGUAGUGAUCACAGCAUGCUUCCUCUUUAAACCUCCAACUGGAGUUUUGGUUCAGUUAAGGAAAGAACAACUAGUAAAGGAAGAGAGAGUGAGGACUUGGAGACAGAACCAUUCGGGACCUGAAGAUCAGAUAGCACUUGUGAUGCUGUUCCCAACCUUUGGAUAAAAGGAAGACUGAUGCCAGUGAAUCUCAGACACGUCUUCUGAACUGUUAUUAGCAUGUGCCUUUUGGAAGGAGUUUGAAUACCUCAUUCUGUUGAAGGAUCCAAAUCCUGACGUGAAAUGAGUACAGACUUCCGCAAACUUCUUUUUGACAUUUCUGAGGCUUUGGCCACAGAUGAACUGGCGGCUCUGAAGUUUCUCAGCUUGGAGCAUGUCCCUGUGAGGAAACAAGAAGCUAUUGAGGAGCCCAAGGCUUUCUUUGAAGUGCUUCAGGAGAAAGACAUGAUCAAAGUGGGGGACCUGUCCUUCUUGAAGGAGCUGCUUUACUGGAUCAAUCGGAUAGACCUCCUGGCUGGCCAGCUGGGCUCCAGCCGAGAGGAGAUGGAAAGGGAGCUUCAGAUACCAGGCAGGGCAAAGGUGUCAAUGUACAGACAGCUGCUAUAUGGAAUUGCAGAGGACUUAACUCCAGAAGAUGUCAAGAGCGUGAAAUUCCUGCUGCAAAAACAUAUACCAAAGAACAAGCUCCAGGAUAAUGCUUCAAUGUUGAAGGUCUUAGUGGAAAUGGAAAGAAAUGGAAUAAUUAAAGAAGAUGACCUGAGAAUUCUGAAGGAUAUAUUAAAAGGAUUUAGAGCUGACCUAAAGAAAAGAAUUGAUACCUAUGAAGAAAAAACAAAAGAAAAUGAUUCUAAGGAAAAACUCAGCUACCCAAUCUGUGUGUCUCUGCAUCCAGCAGAACAAGGAGCAGAGGGUGGGACACCACACCUACUUGUGGAAUCAUAUAAGAUGGAAAAUAACCCCCAUGGCUACUGUGUGAUUCUUAAUAACCACAAAUUUAAAAAUCCAUGUGAAAGCAGAGAAGGAACAAUAGAAGAUGGAAAGGCUUUGGAGAGGGUCUUCAAGUGGCUUCAGUUUGAGACAGUUGAGCACAUGGAUCUAGAAGCAAAAGAAAUAUAUGAGAUAGUUAAAGAAUACAGCAAAAAAGACCAUAGCAACAUGGACUGUUUUGUUUGCUUCAUUCUUUCACAUGGUAAAAAAGACAAAAUAAAAGGCACUGAUAAUGAGUUCGUAAAUAUUAAAGAUUUACUCACCUGCUUCAGUGGAUCUAAUUGUCCUUCACUUGCUGGCAAACCCAAGCUGUUUUUCAUCCAGGCUUGCCAAGGCUCUGUAGGUCAUCCAGCUGUCAUCGUAAAAGAAGACUGUUCUGGCCAUCUUGAGAUGGAUGCUAUCCCUCUGCCUUCCAUUCCUGACCAGGCUGAUGUUCUGGUUGGCAUGGCUACUGUGGAAGAUUUUGAGUGCUACCGCUGUAUAAAGACUGGCAGUGUUUACAUUCAAUGCCUCUGUGACAAGAUGAAGUUACUUUGCCCACUCCGGAAGGAUAUCGUAACCAUCCUGACAGAAGUGAACAAGGAAGUGGGAAGGAAAGUAUUAAAUGGAUGGAAGCAGAUGCCAAAGAUAACAUCAACCCUGCGGAAGCAGUUUGUCUUCCAGAUUCCACAAUGCCAGUCAACAGAAAAAUAAGAAUACACUCAAUUAGGAAUAACUUCUGGAGUGGGCUUCUCAUUCAAGAGAAGUUGCAACAGAAAUUGUCUAGAUCUGUGUAGUUAGUCCCAGUCCUGUAAGGGACUGUGUGACUCAAAUUUUUAAAAUCCUAUGUUUAAUGAAUCUUCUGGAACUUGGAUCACUAGCAGUCUGCUCAGGCAGUGGAGUUUGGAUCUCUUCAGCCCUACUUUCAAGUGAGAGAGCAUUUCCAAGCAGUAUGAUUUUUAAGUGUUAUGGGAAUUGCCAAUAGAACUAUCAUAGAAUCAUAGGUUCAUAGAAUCAUUAAGGUUGGAAAAGACCUUCAAGAUCAUCUGGUCCAACCAUCACCCUACUACCAAUGCCACCCACUAAACCAUGUCCCUAA